UCGCCCCCCCCCCAACAUGAAAGAAGAAGUGAGUGAAAAUCCCCUACCCCAUCGACGUGCAAGUAAAGACCCCUCCGCCAUCAAAGGCAGUGCUAUGGCUGUGGCACAUGCAGGUUGUAGCAUGGAGGAAACACUGCGUAAGCUGCCAUCCCCCACCUUCCCCGCCUCCCCGCUGCCAACCCCUCCGGCCGCUCCUCCGGUCCUUUUUAAGGCCGUGUAUGUACCACCAGAACCAUCUUCUACCAGUCAGAUUAAAUCCUACGGAAGCACAUCUACCGCUAGCUCUUCUACCAGUCAGAUUAAAUCCUACGGAAGCACAUCUACCGCUAGCUGUUCAGACGAGGCAUCAUGGAUAAUGGAGGUGUGGGAAAAUGUAGAUUUAUCUUGCCACAAGAACCCUUCUGACAAGCCAUGCACCGUGUUCAAGGUCCCCAAGCACAUCCGGGAGUUGGAUCCUCAAGCCUACGAUCCAGUGAUAGCUUCCUGCGGUCCUUUUCACCACUGCCCUUGUUGUUGGAAUUCUGGCUUGCAGUAUGACAAAGAUCCAACGGAAUAUCAUGAGUUGGCCUAUAAAUCCGAAGUGGUUGAUUCCCUUGGACCUUUUCAACACGACCACACUUAUUCGACAACUGUCAUGCAGCACCACAAGUGGCGGUGUGUUGGGCACCUUCUAUCGCGUUAUAGAUGUAAAGAGUUUCAAAAUCAAUUGCUGCGCUUGUGCUUGUCGGAUCUGAAGAAAAAGGAUGCCAUGGUCCGGAGUUGCUACUCUGAGGGACUCCCAGCAUGGCUGGAUGAACAGAAGUUGGCAUCCAUCAUGUUGCUUGAUGGGUGUUUCAUCAUUUAUUUCAUGCUAGAAAGGAAAGAGAACGAGGACAGGAAAAAGAAGAAGGGAAUGAAAGAGAAGACGGAGGAGAACGACGCAGGAAUGUUGGAACAGCUUGAGGCCCCAACUGUGGCCGGGCUAUUUACUUUUAAUUUAGUGCUUUAUGAUCUGCUGAAGCUUGAGAACCAAAUUCCUUUCUUCAUCAUCAAAUUGUUAUUCGAUCAGCUCAAACCAUGUAAGGAUGAUCUUGUAGACCUUGCCCUCCAACUCUUCAAAGGCAUACAUCCCGAGGAAUCCGAAUCAUUCAAAAAUAAGAAGGAAAAGUCCACCGGCGAAUACCAUCAUCUGCUCCAUCUAUUUUAUUCAUCUCGGACUGCUCUAGCAGGGUCUACAUCUAAACUAGGAUGUAUUCGUAGUACAAUUGAAUGCAUAAAGUCACAGUGGAAGAAGACGGAAGCUGCUGGAUCGACACAAGAGACUCUGACAUCUGCACCCAAGUGGAUUCCUAGUGCCACUGAGCUCAAUAGGUCCGGGGUGAAGUUCAAGAGGAAGAAACAACAGGCAAACAAUUUCUUAAACAUAACAUUCGAGCGGAGGAAGAUGAAGAUCAUGCCAUUGCUAUGCCUCUGGAAGUUGUGUUUGAUGUUUAGGAGUGGACGGAUGGAGAUACCACCACUGCAAAUCUAUGACUAUACCGGUCCUCUCUUCCGAAACCUCAUAGCUUUUGAGCAAUGCUAUCUACACACUGAGAUGUACAUUACGAUAUAUGCACUCUUUAUGGAUUGUAUCAUCGAUCAGGCUGAGGAUGUGCGGUUGCUCCACUUAGGAGGCAUAUUGGAACACAAAUUGAGUAGUGAUCGAGCAGUGGCAGAACUCUUCAAUCAGUUGGGCUGUCAGAUACUCUUUCUUCCGGAAAAGAUCUACCUUGCAAAUCAGAUUGAGAGAGUUAAUAAGUUUUAUGACUCCAGAUGGCACAAAUGGCUUGCUAACUUGAGGCGACACUAUCUUGGCAAUCCGUGGGCUAUAAUUUCAGUGCUGGCGGCGAUCUUUCUUCUUGUGCUGACUAUCGAGCAAGCUGUAUUUUCUGCUUUAUCCUAUUUUCACUCUUCAUAGGUAUCAAUGCCCUGCUUACUUGUGCAAGCAUGGAUCAAGAGAAAUAUAAUGAAAGGGUGAGUGGGUAAGAAAGGAUUCCCUCCAAAUGGAUAUUGGAGAAUCUUUUGUUUAUCUAGGGAGAAAGGAAACUAGAUGAACGUGUGAUUGCUAGAUCGUAUAAAUUAAUGCGGUUGGGCUAUGUUAUGGACCUUAUAUGAAAUAAUUUGCUGUAAUGUAUCACGAUUGCGAUGUUAUUUGCUUGGAAGUUAGCUAUUAGCUGUAACGUGCUUGUGUCAAGGU